GUGAAGAGGGUUGAUUCAUUGACGAGGGCAUUGGACUGGCUAGUGGGGGAAGAGAGAGAGAGAUAGUAAGAAAGAAGAAGAAAACAGAGAGAAAAGGGAGCUAUGGAUUCUCAAUAAGCAUGCCUUUGAGCUUCCCUGUUUCGUUUCUGCGUCUUGAAUUACCAUUAUAAUCAUCCAAGCAUCACUUGGUGUAAAAUCUUUAGUUGAUUCUCUUUUUACAAUCUGAUUUUGAACCUUCUUUGACCUCCGGAUUAAUCAUCUCUCAGAUCCAAUUCCACCUGAAUUGCCAGAUCCAGACAGAUUUCAGGAUCUGGAAGAAAUUUAUUUUGCUUCAAGGAGCUGAAAGAGACUGAAAAUGGACGAUUUCGGAAUGUUAGCGAGAGAUUUUGGGUUCAAACCCCAAGGCAAAGCUGCUCCCAUGUCCGCGCCUAGAGCCAACUUCGCGGAUGCAGGUGAAAGGCGACCUCGAUACGAUGAUAACAGUCGAGAUGGAUCGAUGUUUAACGAUGUCUUUGGCGGUCUACCCAAGCACACAAGUUACAACAACAGUAAACCGGCAUCUACUUUACAAGAUUUGGAUUAUGAUUCCAUCUUCAAGAAUUCAUCGUCGGGGUUCAAUGAUGCGAAGAGCGACAAGCCGUCCUCAUCGCCAGUGUAUGACAAGCCGGUCUAUGAUGAGGACAUUUUCGAUGGCUUGCCAGGUUUGAAGAGUAAAUCAACCUCGUCUUCAGUUAGAUUUGAUGACGCCAGUGUUUUUAGGAGCAAUUCUCCGCCUCAAGGACCACGGCAUCAAAGUGCUACUGCUUUUGAUGAUCUUCUUGGAAAUUUAGGCCGGAAUCCGAAAUCGGAAGCCCGUAACCAUAAGAGUUCUGGAGGACUGGAUGAUCUUCUAUCAGGGUUUGGUGUUACUGGCUCUGCUGCAAAUAUCAGGUCACAUUCAGAGUUCGCUCAACCCCCUACAAUUGCUAAGUCAAGCAAAGAAACUUUUAAUGUGUUGGAUGAUCCAUUUGCUGUACUGCAAUCAACUUCAAAACCAGCUGUUUCAUCGCCUGGCCUGUUUGCCGAUACACUGGAUGAGAUUGGCAAGACUAGUAGCUCCAGAAAAGAAGAAGUUGUUAGUUCCUCCAACAGUGCAGCAGUAUUUGAUGAUAUUGAUCCCCUUGACAGUUUCAGUAGAACUGUGCCAACCUUUCCAUCAGAGACAAGCCAUAGGAUGAAAGAUGGUAGCCCCUUAAGGACAGGAUCAAGCACAACAAAGGAACAAGCUUCAUCAUAUAGUGAAUCAAUUGGGAGAUCUUCUUUCAGAGGCCUUGAAAACGACUCUCAGAAGAAUAUGUCUUACAAAAGCUUUGACGAGUCUCAUCUGAAUGUGUUCGACAUUCCAACUGUUUCAUCAGAUUCUCAUGGUUCUGUUGGUCAAACUCCUUCUGCUUCAUAUGUUAAUGCUAAUGAUUCAGUUUACCAUGGAAAUACUUCCCCUACCUUCGAGGAUCACAUUGGAACAUCUGGAAAAGUAUGGUUAACUGUGCUAGACUUUCCUCUGGUUACGCAUCCAACAAUUGCCUCUCCACCAUCACGCCCCCCUCCUCCAAGACCAGAAUGGGCUGCCAGAUCAGAAGCAGGUUUCUUUUCAACAAGUGAAAGAAAGGGUACUGAAUAUUCAUCUACUGGGAAUUCCACUCAAAAUUCUCAAAGCAAUGUCGUAAAUCAAGUAGAUGAUGAACUUGAUGAUUUUGCUAUGGGUAGGAACAGAAGCAAUGACAAUGCCUAUGACAUGCCCUAUGGUGAAGAAGUGAAUACUAAUUCCUCUGCUGCUGCUUCGGAAGCUGCUAUGAAGGAAGCCAUGGACAAAGCUCAAGCUAGAUUCAGAUAUGCAAAGGAAGUUAAGGAGAGGGAACAUGGAAGGACUUCUAGAAGUAAAGAAGCCACACAGCAGGAAAAAGACGAACUUCCCAUGCAACAUGAUCAGGAGGUAUUAGAACGUCAAAAGCGGCAAAAGGAAGAGGAAGAAAGAGAACAGAGGAGACUUGAGAACGAGAGGGUUAGAGAAAAGGAGCAAGCAAGACACGCUGUAGAAAGGGCCACUAGAGAAGCACGUGAAAGAGCAGUUGCUGAAGCUCGUGAAAGAGCUGCUACAGAAGCCCGCAUAAAAUCUGAAAGGGCUGCAGUUCAGAGGGCACAAGCUGAAGCCCGUGAAAGAGCUGCAGUGGAAGCACGGGAAAGGGCAGAAAAAGCUGCUGCGGAAGCUAGAGAAAGGGCAAAUUCAGAAGCAAAGGAGAAAGAAGCAAGGGAAAAGGUUGCUGCAGCAAGAGCAGAAGCUGAAGCACGCCGUAGAGCAGAACGAGUUGUAGUAGAAAGGGUUGCUGCUGAAGCUCGGGAAAGGGCAGCAACUGAGGCUCGGGAAAGGGCAGCUGCUGCAAGAAUGAGCCAGCAAAAGAAUGACAAUGAUCUUGAAUCCUUCUUUAGUGCUGGUUCACGUCCUAGUAGUGCACCUAGGCCAAGGGCAACUGCUGACCCUGUUGAUUCUUUUUUCCAAAGCAAGGGAGGACCUGAUACAAGAAAGACACCAUCUGUUAGUACUGCAUCUAGUAUGAGGAAGGCAUCUUCAACUGCUAAUAUUGUUGAUGAUCUCUCCUCAAUAUUUGGAGCUGCUCCAUCAGCUGGAGAGUUCCAAGAAGUUGAAGGAGAAACUGACGAAAGAAGAAGAGCUAGAUUGGAGCGCCAUCAAAGGACCCAUGAACGUGCGGCUAAAGCACUUGCUGAAAAGAAUCAGCGCGAUCUUCAAACUCAGCGAGAACAAGAAGAAAGACAUAGGAUUGGUGAGACAUUAGAUAUUGAAAUCAAGCGUUGGGCUGCAGGGAAAGAAGGAAACCUGCGUGCACUCCUAUCAACACUACAAUAUGUACUUUGGCCUGAAUGUGGCUGGCAACCAGUAUCUUUAACCGAUUUGAUAAUUGGUGCUUCUGUUAAAAAGGUAUAUAGAAAGGCAACUUUAUGCAUCCACCCCGAUAAGGUGCAACAGAAAGGCGCUACUCUUCAACAGAAGUACGUUGCAGAAAAGGUGUUUGACCUUCUGAAGGAGGCUUGGAACAAAUUCAAUUCGGAGGAGCUUUUCUAGGCACUUACCUACCUACCUACCUACCUUUUUGAAGUAUAUUGGAAAAAACGAUAGAUGACGAAUGGUUUAGUGAAGACUGGAUCUUCCAUUCAGUUUGCAGUCUAAGGCAUGUCUAUUUUUUGUUGUUGAUUCUUUUGUCUGUCUGUCUCCCCUUUGCAUAUUCUUUAGUAAGAAACAAACGGUUAAUGAGUUUGGGAGGUUAUAUGUGGAAUUUAUACCGAGGUUGAGUUUAUUAGUACGAAGGAGCAAACAAAGUAUGUAGAGUUGAAAGUCUUGUGAUUGUUAUGUAUUAUACGCUGCACAUUCAUCCAAUUUAUUUUUUGGGAGGUUCAAAUUCUA